GGUCACAUGACUUACUCCCUCUGUCUGCUGCGGUGUCUUUAGCUGAGGCGAGCUUUUCCGCCUUUGACUCUGUCCUUUUUUGUGGAUAAAUCUAUAAACUCCUCUGUACCUAUGUAAUAACUGAUGUUAUUUCUCUAUCGGAAUAAAGCAUAAGUCUCCAGGACGUGAAUCUAUCAUGGCGACAGGAAGCCGACUCGCUGCACUGUCGUUCCUGUUCUCCCUGUUGUCUCCCGAUGAUUGUGCCUUCAGUCCUGAACAGAUUGACCCUCUGCUGUAUGAAGAGCAGCUGCUGUGGGUGAGCGGAUUCCAGGGGGAGGUGAACACCUACAGGAUCCCCCUGCUCAGCUUCACCCCAAAAGGAAGCCUGCUGGCUUUCUCAGAGGCCAGGAAGUUUUCGGAACACGACAAAGGACAAAAGUUCAUCGCAAUGCGGCGGUCCACAGACAAAGGAGCCACCUGGUCCCCAACCUCCUUCAUAAUCGAUGAUGGAGCGAUUGUAGAUGGCCUGAACCUGGGCUCCGUGGUGGUGGACGAGGAAGUUGGCUUGGUGAUUGUGAUCUACGUCCUCUGCUUCAACCACGAUCACUGCAGCCCGUCCAGCACCAUGAUGGUGGAGAGCCGGGACGACGGCCUCAGCUGGAGCAAGCCCAGGAACCUGACGGUCCAGCUCGGAGUGAAGUCCUUUUGUCCCGGGCCGGGCUUCGGCAUCCAGAAGCGCUACAACCCGGCUAAGGGGAGGUUGGUGGUGUGUGGUCAUGGGACAUUGAAGGCAAACGGAGUUUUCUGCAUCCUGAGUGAUGACCACGGACAACACUGGUACAACGGCGGCGCGCUGAAAAGCAUCCCUUACAACCAGAAUAAGAAGGCACAGGACUUCAGCCCCGACGAGUGCCAGCCGCUGGAGCUGACGGACGGCAGCAUCGUCAUCAACGUGCGGAACCAGAACAGCUUCCACUGUCGGUGUCGCAUGGUGGUCCGCAGCUAUGACGGUGGGUUGACCCUGCCCAUAGACAGUCUGUACUUUGACUACGAGCUUGUGGAUCCUGCAGUAGCAGCCGGAGCUCUGCUGAAGGACAACGUGCUCUACUUCACCAACCCCUCCAAUGAGCAGCACAGAGUAAACCUGACUUUACGCUGGUCGCUGACUGAUGGUAACUCCUGGGGGGAAAAAGCUAUGCAGAUCUGGGCGGGUCCCAGCGGCUACUCCUGCAUCACAUCACUGGACAGCGGCUCUACGGACGACGAGAAGUACAUCUUUGUCAUCUACGAGAAGGGCCACACGAACUAUGAUGAGACCAUCUCGUUCGCCAAGAUCCACCUGUUUGGUGGCCAGUAGAGCAUGUGGGAGGAAGAUUCCAGAUAUGUUGGAGCGAAAGGGAAAAGCCGGAAGCUGUCGUUUAAUUUCUCAGGAAGAAGAACAAAAAAGACAUUUUAAACUCACUUUGUGAUAUUGAGAGUGGAAAAUUGGAUGCUCAGAACAACGAAUGAACAGUUGUGUUGGGGCUGUGUCUCAAAAUACUAUUUUCUCCCCCUUUUUCUUUUUGCCUCAAUUACCACACUUGAUGAAGGCACCAAGCCACAUGUCCAUGUUCCUGUUUUUGGAUAUGUUACCAGAUGUGUGAGACGAUAUGAGCAAGCAGGGGACGUCAACACAUCAUACCAUACGAUAAUACCUCACUAGAGUAACAAAUUAUAGUCUUUCACGACGAAGAGUAAUAAUUACAUGCAGUAGUUUGAAUGCAAUAUAGAUUCAAGCACAUCUAGCAACUAUCUCUAAUUCACCUCAAAAACUGAGUCACGUAGCGUACGUUCAAAUGUUCCAUGGGUCUGUGCUUGUAAAGUAUUGCUUUUAUUAUGCAGGGAGUGUUCCAUGAAUUAAUGAUGACCAAAAUCGGUUCUGCCUUUUUAGAACCAGAAAUUGUGUAAAAAUAGUGUGGUUUGAGUAAAAUGACGAGUUAGAUGUGUGUGAUUGAAAGUGAGAAUGAAGAGGUAAGUACAUAAUGGAGCCAAAGUAUCCUCACUUGCACUUGUGCAGAAUGUAUUCUAACAUUGUGUUUGAACUCCACGCUCAUCAGAUUGGGAUGGCCCAUUUGAUUCCAGAAGCACCAUGUAAUACCAGCAUAGUACUUGGGGUACACUACAUUGUACUAUCUGUAGAAUGAUUAAAUGAACUCUUAGCAUGUUUUGGGCACAGCCAAGCUGAUAUGCAGUCAUUCAUAAUUUAGCAAUGGCAAAAACUACUCACAUUCCCACUUCUUUUCUUAAAGACAUUUUAAAAAAGUAAUUAGAACUGAGCAAAAGAAAUGGGUUUUAUAGGGGAAACUGCUUUUAACCGGUGUAGAAGAAAGAAAAGAAAAUCUGAAAUUUGCAGUUGACAAGUCUGCACUGACAUGAUACUCAUUUCACUUUACCAGUGCCUUUUCCCUGUAUGUCUUUCUGACUUUUAUUGAAAGUACUUUUCAAAAUAAAUAAUUAAAAUGAGUGCUGAUUAUUCCAAAACUUAUUUGGAUAUAUUUAUAUUCAUUAAAGUAAAUAUUGGAUUAUCGAUUGAA